AUGGCGCCAUCUGGCAGGGAUGAGAACAUCCGGUUGCUGAUCGCCGACGUUGUCCAGGCCUCAAAGCUCCCCCCCAAGUCUCGUACCAUAAACAUCAAGCCUGUUGUCGCCGAACUUACAUCGGCAGCGUACGAGCAUGGCCUGCUUCCUGAUGCGCUAAGCGACCUGAUCGAUCUCGUAAUAACUCCUAACCAUCUGGACCAAGCAAGUUUAGCCGCAAUUGCGAGAAAUCUCUAUCCAGCAGCUCGGGUCUCGCGUGAUGUUGGCCUGCGUGUGGUGGGAAGCUUCGGCCAUGGUCGUCUGAAACCCUCUCUGAAUAUUCAGGCUGCGCUUUUGCGGUGGCUCAUCCUCGUUUAUCACGUUUUUGAGUCACCUGGGUUCCUCUCCCAAGCUUACCAGGUGUUGUUUUGCCUUCUUGAUACCGCGGCAACGAGGCCACAGUUGAGCCACUUGCUAGCAUUGGUUACAAGGAGAAAACAUGUCAAGCCGUUUCGAAUACAGAACCUCCUCAACCUUUCGAGACAAACGGGCAAUGACCCGUCUUUGAUAGGUCUGCUGCGCGUCUUCAAGGAUUAUUAUCCUGAAAUUAUCGUCGCAGAAGCUGUUCGUGGCAAAGCCUCGGCCUUUAAGCACCCCGAUCCUAUAUGGCGGGCAAGACUCGACGAGAUUCAGGAAGCCCAUGCCCAAUCUAUGCAGGACCUUGCGGCUCCUUCGCAGUACGACGGUUUCCGUGUAAAUCGACCAAUUAACUCAGGGCAGAGACGCAAGGCGAUACCCUUUGUGCAAACAUAUCACGCCUCGGAGAAAUCAAUCACUCUAGAGGAGGUCGAAAAUGCAACCAAACUUGCCCAGAACCUCGAAAAGAUCCAGCUGCCGAAUCAGAUGGUAGCCGUCCUUGCGGAUCCGUUACUUCAAAAGCUUCUUUUAUUGUCUCCAAAUGGUGAUGCGUUCCAGCGUAUCACGAACUGGCUACAAGCAGUUCUUGACGAUGUGAUUAGUGGCGGGACCGAUGAAGACACGUUCUGGGACAUUAUUGAUGUUCUUCGGGAGUUUGUUUUACAUACAAAGACCGUUCCACCAGUAUUGCUAAGUUUCUUUGCUCGCUUUUUCGAAAUAUGGGAUGGAGCAGGGCGCAGAGAUUUGCUUCUUGACAUAGUGGCCUACACGCCACUCCACGAAUACGACAAAUUAUUCUCGCACAUCUUCCAACCCCUAGAGACCGCAUUCCUGAGCCAAGAUCCCUCAUCACACGCGAAACUGCUUACCCUUUACACGAGACUACUCCGUCACUGGUCCGCCCUACUCUGCUCCAUCCAGGUCAUUCCAGACCACGCCAGCUCGACAGUUUCCGCCCUCGUACAGCACGUGGGCGUGCUCGCCCAGACGCUCACACAGUCAUCGCCCACCGUAUCCUCCUUCUCCGCUAUUCUCGACUUCUACGAGCAGUUUGUCCGCCUGAUAUCGGACGAAAGGCUCCGGAACCACAUCAGGAUCGAGCUGCCGCCCCCCAGCCUCAUCUACAUGACAUUCUUCAGCAACUCGCUCGUGGCCACGUCUCGACUGUGCCACGUCCUGGCAUCCUUUAAGAAGGGAUUCGAGAUGGCCAUGUCCAGCCGGUCUCAGCACACCGGAUCUCAGAACGAUGCCUUGUCGUACAAGCGGGCCUACGUGAACAGGUACAAUGGCUUCCUCAUGGACUUCUGCAACUGUCUCUGGCGCUCGCGCGCGUUCAGCGACUCCGACACGAACGCCGUCGGUUGCCUGAUCCCUCGCCCGGUUGUUGCCGUUCUCACCGAGUACGUUCCCAUGGUUGAUGGCAGCUCGUCACUCGGUCCCCUAUUUGGGCUGUCGUACUCCCCGGUCCUAUGCUACCAGAGUAUAGAGAGUGUGCGUGAUCUGGAAGACAACGAGAUGGCACAGGGCAAGCCGAUAAGCACCAGGCAUGCCGGGCCAGUCACACAGGCGAGUCUAGCUAGACUCGCGAGUUCCGGAGGGAUGGAGCUGAGCUGGCAGGAGUAUCGGAUCAAGGUCCUGCAUGGGCUUACGGAUAAGGGGUUCCCAGGGGUAGCGGAGUUGCUCAAGUCCACCAUGACAGUGCUGAAGAAUACGAUGGAAGGUCAAGCAGGUACCGCAAGCCAGGGUUCGUCUCAAUGA